UCAUGAAAAGACUCUCCUUUUGCACAAGGCUAAACACGUUCGCCGUUUCAGCCGGACAUUUUCAUUCACGUUUCAGAGCUCAAAUGGCUCGGUCAAUCCUUCUGCUCCUUCUCUUCGUUGCCGUCGGUGAGUGUUUUUUGGAACAGGUGAGCAAUCUAGUGCCUGGUGUCGUGAAGAAUGUCAGCGAAGCUUUAAAUCCCAUCCAACUAUUUUAUGUCAAUAAAAGCAUUGAAGACCUAGGUUAUUUCUAUACGGGUCCACCUUUCUACCAUGCCAUCAACCGCCCCAUCAGUCUACCUCCCACGAGCAGCCCCAAAGUGAAAUUCUACCUUUUCACUCCUUCUAAUCCCGACGAGGCUUACGAACUGGAGAUCACCCAAGAAUCUCUUAGCAAUUCCACGUUUGAUUCAAAAUUUGGAACCACAUUUCUAGUCCAUGGGUUCAUGUCAGAUCUUGAUUACGACGACGACAGAUUCGAAAUCAAGGAUGCUUUGCUGCGUGUUGGAAAUUACAACGUCUUCAUUGUGGACUGGACGGAGCACAACGGACUCCCGUACGCCCAGGCAGUCGCCAACACGAGAGUCGUGGGAGCUUUGGUGGCUAGAAUGAUCCACUUCCUUACGAAUGAGACCGGCAUAACUCCGCAGAGCGUCCACCUCAUCGGGCACAGUCUCGGGGCGCACACCUCUGGAUAUGCAGGGAAAAGAGUUCCAGGUCUGGGAAGAAUAACAGGCUUAGAUCCAGCUGGUCCAUAUUUCCAAGAUGCUGAUCGUGAAGUUCGAUUGGAUAGGACGGACGCUCUUUUUGUAGAUGUCAUACAUACAGAUGGAGCAGAAAAUGUUUUAGGAGGUUUGGGAAUCAGCGAUCCAAUUGGACACAUCGAUUUCUAUCCCAAUGGCGGGCGUCGCCAGCUAGGAUGUGUUUAUUCCUCGACGGGAGAUACGGCUGUUGGGGCAGCGAUAAAUUUCACGACAAAAUGGAUCCAAAACGGAUGUGAUCAUGGCCGAGCCAAUCUGUACUUUCUGGAGUCCAUCGGCAGAACGGCCUGCCGCUUCCUAUCCGUUCAGUGCUCGAGCUACGGCGAUUACGAACGAGGCCUGUGCCCGCCGGAGAACUCAACAGUUGUCGAUAUGGGAUUCCACCUGAAGAGACCCCCUGGAGGAUCGCCCCCUCUGAAAUUCUACCUCCGCACUAAGUCUGAAGAACCACAUUGCCUGGAAGACAGCAUUCGUUUGUGAAAUAUGGGAAGCAUUGUUUGUUUUAACUAUUUUCUAUAGGACUCUUUCUACAUGUUAUCUGACAGUGUGAUUGUCUUUAAAUGUACCAUUAUAUCUGCAAUGAAGUUUUUAGAUAAUGUU